AUUGCUUGGGUAAGAUAAUACGACCCGCAAGAAAUUAGACUACAUCUGAUUUGUAUAUAUAGAUGACACUUUGAUAGUUUGCAAAAAUAUCUUGAAUCUUAUUCAGUCAUGCAAUGGCAGCCUCAGAAGGAGACAAGUACAGGUCCUACCUUACUGAAGAGGAUGUGAAGAACACCACCUGGAGGUUUGGUCCUCCUAAUUAUGAUGCUGUUAACAAACUAUUUGAAGAAGGCAGAACUAAGAUAUGGCCUGUUGGAUCACUUGAAGAGAAAGUGCAGAGGCUGGUCAAGACAUGGGAGAUGGAAAUUGUCCACAAAGUCAAUCCUGAUGAGUAUAAAACACUUGAUGCAAAGAAGUUUACUCUAGGCAUCAACGGGAGGAAAGCUUUGACAUUGGAAGAAGCUCAAAAGCUUGGAGGAAGUUACAAUGUGUUCCUGCAGACAGGCUUGCCAGAGAACUUUCGCGUUUACAAUCCUGCGAAUGAAACUGCUGAAUCAUCUCAGAAGGUUUUCACCACUACAUUCGCUCGUGGAUUCGCUGUAGAGAUCCUUCAAGUGUAUUCUGGACCGCCAGUGAUCGUGUAUAAGUUCAGACACUGGGGUUUCAUGGAGGGUCCUUUUAAAGGACAUGCUCCAACAGGAGAAAUGGUUGAAUUUUUUGGCUUGGCUAUUUUUGAGUUGGAUGAGCACUCUAAGGCUGUGAAAGCGGAGUUCUUUUAUGAUCCUGGACAACUACUUGGAGGUCUUGUGAAGGGCAAAAUGUCUGAUGAACACAAGGCUGAGACAAGUUCAAGCUGUCCUUUCUUCACUACAGCUUAGCUGUGAACUAGGAAAAUUGAUGAAUUGGACCCAUGCUGAUUACUUUGUUUUCGUUUGUAUAAUUGUACUCCUAUUAAUGAAAUGAGAGCAGAAUAAAAUGGCCAACUACUCCUUUUGCUGUUAAUA